CGCCUGCGUUAGUCACACUGUUUGUUCACCAGUUGAGUUAUGUUGUUGAAGUUAUUGAUUGUAUUGGUAAGUUGCAAAGACCUUCUUUGCAACGCAGCAGCAGAGGCCUACUAUCAUGAAUUUGAAGAUGGUAAACCGGAAAUUGUCAACGUUGAUUUGGUGCAUGACGUUAAGAUUGGAGACAGCUUUGCAAUUGAUUGCUUAGCAACUGAAGAUCCUGUACAGUACAAAUGGUCCAAGGAGCAACAAGACAUCGUGAAUACAGAUCGCUUUACAGUUUUUGCGGAAAAUGGAACGAUGCGAGUGAUUCGUGUGGAUGAGGCGGACAGUGGAGUGUACACAUGCGCAGCUAGUAACAGUUUCGGUUCGAGCGAACAAAACUUUACAGUCAAUGUGUUGGUACCGCCAAAUAUAGAUGAAUUCGAGAACAUUUCGAUUGUCGUGGGUACGGAAGGUAUACUAACAUGCAAGGCAUCGGGACGUCCUGCACCUUUCGUUACGUUUAGUUGGUAUGGUUGGAAAUUUACGACUCCAGAAAGUAGUCCCUUCAGGGAUGUUAUACCGGCUCAAGUGGCGAACGAAGAAUUGGGACAAACAAUUGCUACACUUAAUUUCACGGGAGCAAUGCGCUCGUACUACGGAGAGUAUGAAUGUUUGGCCGAAAAUCAGAUCGAUUCAGCCAAACAAAUUGCUUACGUUACAAUCGAGUAUCCGCCCGAUUUUAAUUACAUGGGAAAUCCAUCGCCCGCUUACAGCUUUCAUCGUCGUCCCGUUAACGUAACUUGUGUGGCAAGAGCUCUUCCCGAAGCAACUAUCGCUUGGUAUUGGAACGAAAAACUUAUCAGUGACCUUGAUCCGUUCUUUGAAGUCAUCAACAGUGGAUCGGAAAGUAUGUUGGUGGUUGAGCCGGUCGAUGAUAGUUAUUUUACCACCUACAAAUGUGUCGCUUCGAAUAAACACGGUGAAGCUGAACGCAUCAUGGAAGUGCGAGAAGCUCAGUCCCCAGAAGUUAUGGCUGACGUUAUGGUUCGACGGUGGUCGAUCGAUUGGAUUGCUUUCGAAAUAACGGCUUCACCGACGGGAACCCCGGCUGAAUUUUACAAAUAUCAAUACAAGGAAGACGCAGAAUUGGAUUGGAUAGAUUCGGUUAAUGUCACCAGGGUAGUGGGACCAGUAACAACGGUUAUGGUUCAAGGUUUGAAAGCGAACACCAAAUAUAAUUUUAGAUUUUAUGCUGAAAACGAGAUCGGAACCAGCCCGUUCAUAGAAUUAAGUGAACAGACCAUGUGUCAAUACAGAUAUGAAGAGCCAAAGAUUCUGAACAAAAUCAGUGAAGACCGUGCCUUCGAAGAAGUUGAAUUCAUUGAAUCACCUUACACCGAUAAAUUUGAAAUGAUUUGGGAGCCAAUUAUAGAACCGUGCGAAGAGAUAGUCCAAUACUCGGUCGAAUAUUGUUUGGCCUCGCUGAUGGAUUUUAGGUCGUUCUCAAUUUAUGAAGGGGAGUGUAGGUAUAUUUACGGGAUAACCAGUACCAAUUAUGUCAUCGGAAACUUAACCACUGACAGCUAUUACGCUAUUAGACUCACUGGAGUAAGACUUUCAACUUCAUACCAUUUGAUGAGAACUGCAAGAGAUCCAAUAACUGGUGGAGAUCCUCGGUUAAAAAUUUAUCCGACUUAUAGCUUACAUAGCAUUGCAGUCGGUACGUUCUUCAAUUUUACUUGUAAGUCCAAAGUGGAUACAAUUACUAAUCUAAUCUGGCGAAAUACUUUCGACAAUCCUAUCAAUGCCAAAUCAUCGGAUGACGUUAUGUACACUGAAAUUAUAAAUGACAGAGAAGUAAUGUUGGUCAUACCGUUCGUGAAACAUGCAAUGUCCGGGACCUACUAUUGUGAGUCGGCUGCCGGAUCAGAGACCAUUGACACUUUUGUAAAAAUUGAGACGUACACAUUGAUACGAUCAUCAGACGAAUUGCAGUACAACUUUGGCGUUGCUGGGGAAGAUGGUUACGUGAGUUGCAGCUUCUAUAAUGUUGAUGAUAACACGACUGUAGAUUGGAUGUUCGAGAACAAUCCCAUUGAACCUUCUGAUCGCUACGAAUACCGUAUCGACGAGUACCCGGGUUUCACGACGUCAUACGCUUUGCUUAUUCAUCAUCUUACCGAGGCUGAUGAAGGCUUUUACACCUGUCGUCAAUCUGCCAAUGAAAGACUGAUGUACCACGAAGUCGUAGUGAAGCCAACAAUUUUGAGUAAUGCCACGGAGUAUUCGGCUGUGGAGGGAGUCGACUUUGCUAUUGAUUGUCCGACACUGGGAAAACCUGCGCCAAUUGUUAAAUGGGUCGAUCGAUAUGAAAUCGACGUGACGACACGGGACAGUCGAUUCUCGGUGGAUCGUUCGGGUCAAAUGAAAAUACGACACAUUGAAGAAGGGGAUGAAGGAAGGUAUACGUGUCAAGUUGUUAGUAUUGCUGGUAGGGAUGAGAAAACUGUUCAAUUGAAAGUGGAUCCAAGCGAAAAGAAUCGAGGGAAAAGUGUACACGAAUACUGCGUGUUCACUGCAUUCAUUUGUUUACUUUUGUAUACUUUUCAAUUAAAGUGAUAAAAACUUAAG